AUGUACGGAGGUCCCAUCGAACUAUGGAAUACCUCUGGAGUGACCGACAUGAGUCUUGCCUUCCUAGCCGCAGAGGGCUUCACGGCGGAUCUAGCGCAAUGGGAUGUAUCAUCAGUCACAAAAAUGAUUGACAUCUUCUCUAGGUCAAAGGAAUUUGGGGCGGAUGUAUCCAACUGGAACACCUCCCAAGUGACAACACUGAAACGUGCCUUUGCAGAGACAGAAAACUAUGCGUCAGAUCUGUCCACUUGGGAUACCUCGCGAGUAUCUGAUAUGAACAGCAUUUGCUCCCAGUCUGUCAACUUUGCAGCAGACGUGUCCACUUGGAACACCUCGAGAAUAAGCAACUAG